CAAAUGACUCCGCAUGUCUGCCUCUGUGUACAUUCCCGCUACGGCACACGCCUGCUGCUGAGGAAGCGCGCUUCCAUCCACGGCCACAGCACAGCCUCCCGCCCGGUAGGGGGGACGCGUGUCCGAGCAUCUCCUGCGGGACGUCGGCCAUCCGAGCCUCUCUGAAAGUUUGAAAAGGCAACAUCAAAACUCGACCUCCCAAAGCCCCCUAGCAAGAGAAAGAAGACGCCGGCAAGAUGUUCAGCACCAAAAGGCUGAAGCAGAAGUCUCAGUCGGUGGAUAUCGCCAGUCAAGGUUUCUCUCCAACUCUGGUGCCAGCCUCGCCCCGCAACAAGGCUGCGCCACCUGUUGCCAAGGCGACCACCGGCCUGGCGGUGCAGGAGAACAACACCACCAACGCCCAGCUGCGCUCUCCUCGUUGCGUCGAACUGAAGAGAGGGUACACCAUAGAUACCGGCCAGAAGAAGACUCCAGAAAAGAAGGAUGGGAGGCGCAUGUCGUUCCAGAGACCCAAAGGCACCGUGGAAUAUUCUGUGGAAUCGCGGGACACGUUGAACAGCAUCGCGCUCAAGUUUGAUACCACACCCAACGAGCUGGUCCAGCUGAACAAGCUGUUCUCCAGAGCAGUGGUGCCCGGCCAGGUUCUGUACGUUCCUGACCCUGAGUACGUCUCCAGUGUCGGAAGCUCCCCGUCCCUCAGUCCCAUCAGCCCCCUGUCUCCCACCUCCUCCGAAGCUGAUUUAGAGAAGGCGACGGAACCCGAUGCCCCCCCAAAACCGGAAGGCGUUCACCCCCCGGUGUUCUCAGCUCUGCGCCAGUCCAGAGUGGUCUCAUCCACCUCCGAGGAGGAGGAGGCCCUCACCGAGAAGUUCCUCAAGAUCAACUGCAAGUACAUCACUGAUGGCAUGGGUGCCGUGAGCGGGGUGCUGUUGGUGACGCCCAAUAACAUCAUGUUCGACCCCCACCGCAUGGAUCCGCUGGUUCAGGCCCACGGAUGCGAGGAGUACGGCAUCAUGUGUCCGCUGGAGGAGGUGCAGUCCGCCGCCGUCUGCAAGGAGAUCACCGACCCAAAGAUCAGAGAGGCGGUCCCCGAUGACCUGGAGCCCCUGCCAGCUGAAAGGCACCCGUCCCAGCAGAAGGACCCGGAGCACCGCCUGAAGGAGCCGGGAACAAAUGAAGGCGGCGGCGCAGCCCCACGCAGCACCGAGGGCUCCAUCUCUGAAGACGUCUUCACCGAGACGGAGCUGUCGCCCAUUCGGGAGGAGGAGCAGGCUUCCAACGAGGACCUGCGCCUGGACAAAUCGUCCGGUGCUUCAACAGAGUCUGUGCAAACCAUCACCCAGGUGGAGACCCCCAGCACUCAGGCACCAAGCAGCCCUCGCAAUUCAGUCAGCCAGCCGGAGGAGCCCAGCGUGACUAAGUCAGAGGACAAUCCACCAGACACUGCCACAGUAAAGGAUAGCCAGUCCCCCAUGGGAUCCAAGCAGCACAGUGUAGAGAAGCCACCUAGCACACCCACUACUACUACUACUACUACUACUACCACCACCAGCAGCAACACUAGCCAGACCCAGGGUCCCAGCAGCAGCACCUCUCGCCCAGGGUCCCAAAGCUCCGUCAUCACUUCAGUCUCAGCCAGUCAACAGGAGGAUGCCAACCAGGAGGCCGACGUCUCCAAAACGGACACUAUGCAACAAGGCACGGAGGAGGAGAAGAAAGAUGCAGAGCCGACGCAAAAGGACAACACGCAGGACCCUGCUGAGGGGUCUGCUGAGAGGAGGAAGCACCGCUCUCACAAGUUCCUGUGUCUGCGAGUGGGGAAGCCGAUGAAGAAGACUUUUGUUUCCAACGCCAGCGCCUCCAUGCAGCAGUACGCCCAGCAGGGGAAGAAAAACGAGUACUGGUUUGCUGUGCCACAGGAGAGAUCAGAGCACCUGUAUGUAUUCUUCAUGCAGUGGAGUCCAGACAUGUACGGCGAGGGCGUCAGGGGCAUGGGACAAGAACCCGGGUUCAUGGUCGUCAAAAAGAUCGUUGCAUCAGAAACCCCUGACGAUGAGCCCAUCACUGACCUUAACGUGAAGGAAUGGGAGGUAGUGUCUCUGACGGAGUACCACCGUCGGAUCGACGCGCUAAACAGCGAAGACCUGCGCUCGCUCUGCAAACGACUCCAGAUCACCACCAAGGAAGAGGUGAACUCUAAGCAUGGCACGUCGAUCAAAGCCGAGCUGGAGCCGGAGACGUUCAAACCCAACCUCAAAGAGCCCAGUGAACUCCUGGAGGCCGACCAGAUAGAGAAGCUUGCCAGGAAUCUGCCGCCACGGACCAUCGGGUAUCCCUGGACGCUGGCGUUUGGCACCUCAAAGAAUGGCAUGAGCAUUAAGACGCUGUAUAGAACCAUGCAGGGCCAGGACACGCCGGUCCUUCUGGUCAUUAAAGACAGCGACGGCCAGGUAUUUGGUGCGCUCGCAUCUGAACCCUUUAAAGUCAGCGACGGCUUUUACGGCACAGGGGAGACUUUCCUCUUCACCUUCAAUCCAGAGUUUCAGGUGUACAAAUGGACAGGAGACAACAUGUUCUUCAUCAAAGGAGACAUGGACUCCUUGGCUUUUGGUGGAGGAAGCGGGGAGUUCGGCCUGUGGCUGGACGGAGACCUGUACCACGGACGGAGUCACUCCUGUAAAACAUUUGGGAACCCCAUGCUCUCUAAGAAGGAGGAUUUCUUUGUGCAGGACAUAGAGGUGUGGGCUUUUGAAUAACGAAGCGGCGCUCCGCAGGGGAAAAAACGAGUCCUACAAAGGACAAACCAAGGAGUGGUUCUCCUUCAGAACUAUGGCAACAUCCCAAAAAAAACCUAACUGCACAUCACCAGGGCUCCCCUGUCUGGAAGCCCGCUAUCGGAUGCUUGUUGUGCGUUACUACUGCAGUUAUUAAGGAGCUUUGUUUUUUUGUUUUUUUUUCUUUGUGAAAAAUUACCUUUGUGUGUAUCUUAUUACAGCCUUGUGGAGCGUCUUUGCAGCGUAGGGAGAGUAUGAGGGAAAAAAGCAAGGUUGUGUUAUAGGGGGGAGAGCGGGGGGGGGGGGGGGGGCCUCGCUGAGGGCAUGAAGAUGAUGGUGGCUGCAAGAAAGACAGCUGUCCCAACAGGUCCUGGUAAUGCAUCAGAACUUUGAAGAACCUCAAGGAAUCCCCCCCACCACCACCACCACCACCUUCUUGGAUCCGACCUAGAACUGUGUGUGUUCGACAGGAUGUGGCACACUGUGCUGUCAGCCUGUACACAGAGAUGCCCAGGUAGAGGGAGAGACCGUAGACAGAAGCUGAACACAUUCCAUUCUUCUUGAUUGUGGAGUGUCAAAAAAAGUGGUGAUCUGUGGUGAACAUCCUAAAACACAUCUGCAACAGGAUCUGACCACAUUAAACUCAGAAAAGAGCGA